AUGUUGAGAUCCACCAAAAAGCUGUUUCAGCCACGGAGACCCACCAUGACAGCCUUUAACGUCGACAUCGUGAGCGAUCCAAUCUGCCCGUUCUGUUACCUCGGCAGGAAGCGGCUGGAUCGCGCCAUUGACGUGUACAAGAAAACCGUCCCUGGCGCCUCGGAGGAUGUUUUCAACAUCACUUGGAAGCCCUUCUACCUGGACCCAACGCUGCCCAAGGGUAAAAGCAUGCCCGUCCAGGAGCGCAUGGCCCAAAAGUUCGGCGCUGAUAGGCUACCCAUGCUCACCGAGCGCAUGAGAAUGAUGGGCCAGUCGGAGGGGAUCUGCUUCUCGUUCCAGGGCAAGCUUGGCAACACCCGAGACGCCCACCGCCUGUCGCAGCUGGCCAGGACCAAGGGCUCUGACGUGCAGAGCCAGUUCAUGGCGGCGCUGAUGCACAGCUAUUUCGAGGACGGUGGCGACGUCACCAGCCAUGACACGCUCCUCGACGCCGCGGAAAAGGCCGGCGUCGACAGGGCUGAGGCCAAGGAGUGGCUCGACGAGGGCAAGGGCGGCCAGGAGGUCGACAAGGCGGUUGAGUGGGCCUAUGCCAAGGGGAUCCAAGGCGUGCCGCACUUUAUCAUCAAUGACCGGUUCGAGAUCGGUGGCGCGCAGGACGUCGAGGCGUUCCUCGGAGAGUUUGUUCGGGCCAAGUCGGCUGCGUAG